AAAAAUUAUUUAUGCUUCCGAGUCGUUCUUUUGUUAUUAAUAAUCGUUUAAAUAUCGUUGGAGCUUUUAUUGGCUUUUUUACAUCCUUUAUUAUGUAGUGAUUAUUCGAUUGAUCGUCAACUUAAUCAUCCUUAUGCGUUUACAUCAUAGGUAAAAACAUUAAAAUAAUUCUCAAAUAUAUUUUCCAAUACCAUUAACGAAUCCGGAAAUAGAAAAAAACCUUCAUUUGUUAAUUCUAUUAAGAAACGAAAUGAUUAGUAAUUUCAACAUGUAACAUAACUCUAUGUUUUAAUAUUCUUUUAGUAGAAUGUAGAUAACUCGGGUAAUUUAAUCUUUUCGAUAAUUUAGUUUUCGAUGCCGGAAAAGCAUCUCUUCUCCACUAUAUUUCCUUUUUUCUGGGUACAGAGUUGUAGGUUAAGGGUGGGAGAUGAUUUUGUUCGAUGAGUACGCAUGCGCUUCCAGAGUAGUCGAUAGGCGCUCUAGGAAAUAGGAGGUUACUUGUAUUCACGAUUAACCUCAAAAUAUUUUAUUUAUCGUGUCGAUUUGAAAGUCGUGAAUCGUUUUUUUGAUUACUUCUGUUUCGAUUCUUCGUUUCAGAUGGUUGAUGAAGAAUUCUAAAAAAAGUACGCAAUAUUGCGUACUUAUACUAAUGUGAUUCGUGUCGAAUCCAAAUUUUCGUUGAGAAAACAGAAGUAUAUGGAUUGCUGUGGAAAGUAUUUCUCGCGUUUGAAAGAUGGGUCAUGGUUCAAGCCGUUCCGCUUCAUCCGCAAAUAUUCUAUCAGCGGACGAACUAACCUUGGUGGAGAAUCUUUUCAAAUCUAUGUCUAGAAGUUCAGGUUCCAUAAAACGUGAAGAUAUAUUUAAACAUUGGUCCACCCAUUUGGAUGAUACAUUAUUGCAAUUUGUAGUAAAAUUUCUCUGUCAUGAACCAGGGAAAAGAGUUUCUGCUAUUAAUGGAGAGAAUUUUGGUAGACUCUAUGUGUUUGCUGUUCGUGGAAGUCCAGAAGAGAGAACUAACUUAAUUUUUAAUGGUUUCUCAGAAGAGGAACAGAAACACGAAAUACCCACUACUACAUUCCUUCAAUAUGUUCAAGCUACUAUAAAUUCCUAUUUGAGAUUACAAAAAAAUUCUGGCAACUCACACUAUUUAACAUGGAGUAGCAUUGGGUGUACAGUGAACACUAGAAGGAUAGGAAUGAGAUCUAGAAGUUUAUGUGAAGAUCUAGUCAAAUAUGGAGAUACUUUAUCUAUCGAACAAGUGGAGAAUUGGUUUUCCACAGCAGCCACUUUCAAAACCAUUCAAUCGCAUGUUUUUCAAUGCCUUUUCCUCAUUUCUCAAAAGAAAGGAGACAAGAAUACCAGUGGUAAAAUAAACGAUUUGAAUCUUUUGCCAGGUUGCAAGGGUUUGGAAAAUAUACCGCACUUUCCUAGUAUUCUAGGAUUGGGUGAUGUUUUGUUUUUGAAUUUAAGUUUACCUCAUGAACUUCGCAACGAAUGGAGAUUCCUAUUUUCCAGUCAAGUGCAUGGGGAAUCAUUUUCUACUAUGCUUGGAAGAAUAACUAUGCAAGGUUCCACCAUUAUAAUUCUUCAAGAUAUGGAUGAUCAUGUAUUUGGUGGUUUUGCUUCGAAUAGUUGGGCAACUGGUCCAAAUUUUAUAGGAAACGAAUCUUCCUUUCUAUUUAAACUUGAACCAGAUAUACUUACAUUUUCUUCCACUGGAUACAAUAAUCAUUAUCAAUAUUUAAAUCUUCAUCAACAAACUAUGCCUAAUGGUUUGCUUAUGGGAGGCCAAUUGAAUUAUCCAGGCUUGUGGUUAGAUUGCGAAUACGGAACUGGAAAAUCGAGCGUAUCCUGUACAACUUUCCAGAAUUAUAUUCAAUUAAGUGGUAAAGAGGAUUUUAAAAUCAAGCAUUGUGAAGUGUGGGGUGUAGGUCCUAUUCCGGAAAUAGAAGAAGAAGGACGCGAUUCGAAGUCAAUUUUGGACCAAGAUUCUUCUUCGAAGGUCAUAUUGGAAAUGUCUGGCCGUAAAAUGUACAGCGAGGGAUUACGGGAGGAAAAAGAGUAAUUGUGAUACCAGAGAUUUGUUUGAGACUUUACACAGAAUGAAAAAAAGAUAAAAAAAAAGCAUAUCAGGCUAUUUAAAUUUUUAUCAGCUCUUUAGAAACAAAAGGAAAUCAUUGUAACACAAUAUUUGUAAUUCAAUGAUAAAAUAGAAAAAAGAAAAAAGAUAUUAUCAUAGCUUUCGUGGACGUUUUAACAGAGUAAUAAUAAAAGAAGCUUAUUUUUUUUCUGUUCGCUAAUUAAUUUUUUCGAAGAAUAAAAUUCUAGAGCUCUGUAACGGCCUGAUUUCUAGUACUAUUGUUAUUUUUGAUCAACUCUACGAUCGAUAGAGUGAUAUAAUACCUAAAAAAUAAAAAAGAGAAAAAGAGAAAAAAAUAUAUCGAGUUGCUGUAUUUCGAAUGCCUAUUAUCUAGUGCCUGGUGAAUCAUCAAUCAUUUUUAAUUGGAUCUCUUAAUACAUUAAAGAAAGUUUAUCAAUGAGAAGAAAUUUGUACAAUACAUAUUUAUUAUAUAUACAUAAGACUGUAUAUGUGUUAUUCAUAUAUGACUGAUGCUGGUCACUGUUCACUCUAUUGUCGGAAAAAAGAAACCAAAGAAUUUACAUUGCACUGUUCAGUAUAAUAUUACAAAAGUUCAAUAAAGAAUUGAAAUCUUGA